GAGGCUGUAACUCCUUGCAGUAAGUUUUGCUCCCUAGGCUUCCAGGGCCGAGGGGGACAUUCACCGCAUCCCCAUCUCCACAGCUUACUUACCUAGGGCACAUUUGCAGUGCAUUCAGACAGAGAGAUGGCUGUAGCUCUUUAUCUGUAUUUACUUUUUGUUUGCUUUUUGGAGGCUAGGUCUCUGAGGUCCUUAAGGUCUGAUUUUCAAAAAUGUUUCCCUCUUCUCCUUUUUUUGGGGCGGGGGGCGUGUGGAGAAGGAACUCCCUCAGAUGAGAUGUGGCACCUGUCUGGCCUCAGGAUGCUCCCAUUGCUUGUGACAGGGAUGCCCCCUUGGGGGAACUAAAGCAGGCUCAGCAUCUAGGUAAGCGGAGGUGGCCUAGGAUCUUCCGGGAGCAAUCAGCUGGCGCCCUGGCCCGGGUGGGAAGGGCCUUGAGCUGGUCUUUGAAGAGUUAGGAGGAUUUAGAUAAGCCGGAAGGGGAGGGGGGCAUUCCACCCUGGUUGCCCAGCAUCUGGGCCAAAAAUGAACAAAGGCUCAGGCUGGAAAGGAGGAGGCAGGGCCGCCAGCACAAGGGGCGCUUAGCCGGUUAGAAAGGGGGUUAGCUGGGCAUGGCUGGUUAAAAAGGGCAAGCAGCACAGGCACCUGCAUCCACCCCUUGAUGCUGUGAGAGCUUGAGAGGGAGAAGGGGAAAGAGCCCAAAGGAGGUCUGGCUGCUUUGGAGGGUCCAAGGGCAUGGAGGUGGGGCAGCUAGGAAAAGCAAGGAAAGCUCCCAUGGACCCAGGCUGGAGGCCCUGGUGGCAGUGGUACAAGUGGAAAGAAAAGGGAUGAGGAAGGCCUCACCACUGACCUUAGGUUGCCAUGGUGAAAAAGCAGAAAAUAAGGCAAACAGGAGGUGGGGAGGGGCCACCUUUAAGAAGCAGGAGCCCUGAAGAGGGGGAGGAAGAGGAGUCCUGGGGCUGCGGGCCUGGGCUAUAGUGGAGGUUACAGAUGCUUUUCUGUUUCUGCCUUGUUUACUUUUGAGGGGAGAGGGCAGUGUUAGCAGCAUGGGCUUUGCAUUUAAAGGUCCAGAGCUCUCCAACAUCAGCCUUCCAGGGCUCCUCAGGAGCAGAAAGGCGGGAAUGGCCUCCCUUCCACCCUGAUGGCCUUCCUCUGGUUAUUUGGAAGGUUCUAGCCAUCCUUGCUUAGGCUGGAAUUUCCAGGAACGGCAGCUGCCUUGAGCAGUCACUCCCUCCCACCACCCCCUGCCUGCAGGGUGGGGCCCCAAGGGUGGAGGCCCUGCGGGGUGGGGUGGGGUGGGUCUCCGGUGAUAGGGAGGGCACCCCGGGAGAGGAGAGGGAGUGGAGAGGCCACGUGGCCUCUUGCUGCCUUUCUGGCUUUGAUUAUAUAACGCCUCCCUGUUCUCUGGGAGGGUUUAGGCGAGGCCUGAUGAUCCGUGUACACAGCCGGAUUAGACAUUGUGGGUAUUUUUUCCGUUUCUCUUGGGUUGCCUGCCUUUAGAAUGAAAACAACAAAGUUGUCCCUAGACAUAAAGGAGGAAAACAAGUGUACGGUCUUGGUUGGGGAAAUGACUGAGUUUGCUCAAGUUUCUUUCAAGGAGGAGGUUGUGGAUGGCCACUCACUCACUAGGUGCUCUUGAACUUGAGCUGACUCCAGCCCACUGUGUAUUUGAGUUUCCCCACUCUUGCUCUGCUGGGCACCCCCAGUCUGGAAAUGUAGGGGGUGUGGAGAGGAUUGCUUGAUGGUUACCUUUGCACCUGUCCUUAUUUACAUGCAGAAUCAAUUGCUCCACUUGGUCUUUCCGCAGUACAGGGUGUGGGCAGAAUCUUAUCGGGAGCCAUGUCCUGUUUGGACAAGUUGGACUCGCCCUGGCCGCUCUCCACGGGGUGGAGCACAUGGGUGGAGGCAGGAAAGGAAAAUUGGGUGGCUUGUUCACCCGGGAGAGAAGAGGGCAGAGUGCUUGCUCACUAGCUCAUUAUAUUUUCAUCUGAAAUGAAAUAAUUAACUUCUGUCAUUUUACAAAAGCACACAAGUGCAACGCAAUCCUAAUUUAUGAGGGGCAAAGAUUUGGAAAUAUUCUGCAGAAGUUUUUCCUUUCAAAGCCAACAAAAGAAGACUGAGGUAGGCCACAACCACCAGAGCACCCUAGAAGGCUUAACAAAAAGAAUGCUCAUGUUCGACCCAGUCCCUGUCAAGCAGGAGGCCAUGGACUCCGUGGCGCUGUCCUACCCAUCUAAUUACAUGGAGCCCAUAAAGCCCAACAAAUACGGGGUCAUUUACUCUACACCGCUACCAGACAAGUUCUUCCAGACUCCGGAAGGCCUGACGACCCACGGAAUACAGGUGGAGCCAGUGGACCUGACUGUGAACAAGCGGGGUUCUCCUCCCUCUUCCGGAAGUUCUCCAUCCUCCCUGAAGUUCCCAUCCUCACACCGGAGAGCAUCGCCCGGCCUGAGCAUGCCAUCUUCCAGCCCGCCCAUUAAGAAAUACUCACCUCCUUCUCCAGGUGUGCAGCCCUUCCCCGUGCCCCUGUCCAUGCCGCCCGUGAUGGCCGCGGCCCUCUCCCGGCACGGGAUCCGGAGCCCCGGCAUCCUGCCUGUCAUCCAGCCUGUUGUGGUGCAGCCUGUCCCCUUCAUGUACACCAGCCACAUCCAGCAGCCGCUCAUGGUCUCCUUAUCGGAGGAGAUGGAAAAUGCAAACAGUAGCAUGCAAGUACCCGUCAUUGAAUCCUAUGAGAAGCCUAUAUUACAGAAAAAAAUUAAAAUAGAACCUGGGAUCGAGCCACAGCGGACAGAUUACUUUCCCGAAGAAAUGUCUCCCCCUUUAAUGAACUCAGUGUCCCCCCCACAAGCACUGUUGCAAGAGAAUCACCCUUCAGUCAUCGUGCAGCCUGGGAAGAGACCGUUACCCGUGGAAUCCCCAGAUACGCAAAGGAAGCGAAGGAUACACAGAUGUGAUUACGAUGGAUGCAACAAAGUGUACACUAAAAGCUCCCACUUGAAAGCACACAGAAGAACACAUACAGGAGAAAAACCCUACAAGUGUACCUGGGAAGGAUGCACGUGGAAGUUUGCUCGGUCUGAUGAACUAACAAGACAUUUCCGAAAACACACUGGAAUCAAACCUUUCCAGUGUCCAGACUGUGACCGUAGCUUCUCCCGUUCCGACCACCUCGCUCUCCAUAGGAAACGCCACAUGCUGGUCUGAACACCUCCGUCUCUCACCUCAGUGUCUCAGCAACUCCCACUCUCCUGGCUCCCCUGGCUCGCUCUCUCCUCCCUCCCAUUGUCUGAUUCAGUUUUUACGUGUACAUUUUAAUUUUGAUUCAGCUGGUCUGGAUCCCUGAAUUUAUAUCGUACAAAACUUCCAUAUGGUCAGUAGUAGAUAUUCUCUAAUCCUCCCUUUCCUUACCACGGGUCAGACCUAAAGAAUGUGAACUUUUCUCCCCCCCGGGGUUGCUAAGCAAAUCCCCUCCCUUUUUUUUACCAGAUAUGUUUAAUGUAAUGAGAACAAGGGAACAUAUAGACUAACCAAUCGUUGGUUUCUCCAUGUACUCCUCAAAGAAUGUCAAAGCAAAUGUAUUGAAUACAGUAUCCACCCCAUA